AUGGGCUGGUUUGAUACACAAUCGUCCGUUUCCUCUUCUCACUCGAGACGUAAACGCUCUCCCUCCCGCCGGUCAACGUAUUCCACCCAUCAUUCCCGGCACUCUGCUCCUUCAUUCGUUAGUUUCAACGGCGGAGGUAGCCGCGCCGGCCGAUCCAGUCCAUCGGUCUACUCGUCCUCCUCGUCGCGACGAGCACGACCUCGGUCUGGCUUUGUCCAAAAAGUAGUCCAUAUCAUUAAACGACUGCUACGUGACAUCUACAAAUAUGCCCGUGAGCACCCAAUCAAGGUGAUACUCCUGGUUCUCAUACCGCUUCUUACAAGCGGUGUUUUGCAGAAACUGUUCGCCAUGAUUGGCAUUCGUCUGCCCAAGAACAUCUUUGGCGGUCAAGGUGGACAAUCUCGAGAGGGUGGCAUGAUGGAGAACUUGAAAUCUAUGAUGAGCAUUGCGAAGAUGAUCAUGCUAUGUGGUAUAGCGGAGCGCUUGGCUGAGAAAUGA